AUUCACUAUCGUUAUAAAAGAAUGUUCUCCAGCGCAUGCUCCAUUGAACAUGGAUCCGGUAGAGGAAAAAUCCUUGGUCGCCAUUUUAAACUUAAAAAGGUGAUGGCUGUGGACCCUGACUUCAGUCUUCAGGAUUUGUUACGGUGUAUUCUUUGUGAGACCCAGGUUCCCUCUUCCCACUACAGAACCUGUCACAAACAACUUUGUAAGGUCUGUUAUGAGAAACAUCUCUUGAAAGAAUCCAAAGAACACAGACUUUAUAGCCCGCAAGGAAAACCAAUGAUAUCAAUUCCAACAAAGUCCGGUAACUGGCAGAUGGACAUAAUGAUGACCUGGAAUGGGGAUUUAGUAUAUGCUGAUUCUACAGAUAGAACUGUGAACUUGGUAAAUGAUACAGAUAAUAUAGAGCCAGUGUUUACACUACCGGGGUGGAUACCUCAGUCUGUCUCUGGUAGCUCCAUAGGUGGUCUUCUGAUUGUCCUGGACAGUGAUGAUGAUAAUCAUGCAAAAGUUAUCCAUUUCUGUGGAUAUAGAGUGAUACAAACCAUACAGUUUGAUGCUGAUGGCUUCCCUCUAUAUUCAUCUGGGUCGAUAAAGUACAUCAGUGAGAACAGAAACCUGGAUAUAUGCGUAUCUGAUUGCGCUGCAGGGGCGGUUGUAGUGGUCAAUCAGACCGGUGAAUUCCGGUUUAGAUACAAAGGCAUCAUCUCUGAAAACAGUUGUAGACCAUUUAAACCGUUCGGAAUCACAACUGAAAGCCAGGGUUGGAUACUAGCAUUCGACUGGUAUAACCAGCGCAUCCACAUCCUGGAUAAGGACGGUUGGCUCCAAUGCUACAUUGUCUGUGAUUGUUUUGACCCAUAUGGUGUUUGUGUUGCCGAUAAGGGCAAUCUCUUUGUGGGUAGAUAUUAUGGAGGUAAAGUGAUAAAAUUCUAGUGUAUUUGUAAUCAAACUGUGUAACAAUAUCAAAUUUUGGCCGAUCAAUAUUAAUUGAACGAACAAAUGUUUCAGUUCUUGUUUUUUUUAGAGUUAUAGUAAAUUGAAAAGCUGAAUUUUUCAAUUAUGUAUUUCUAUGUAUUGCUCAUACAUUUGCUUUAAUUAAACACGACAAAAGCACGUACGUUUUAAUAACAAAUGUACAUACCUGUAUAUAUUUUCAUAAAUAAACUGUGUAAGAUAUAAAUGGUAUUUUGUGCGAUUAAUCUUUUUCAAUUUUAUUCAACCCAUUGAUGAUGCUGGUGUAGUCCAAAUUAAAGACAAAUGUACUCAUAUUUUGUGCAAAAGUUCAUUUUGUAUAAAUGCCAAAAAUAACCAAGGAUUACUUAACAAAAUUGAUUUUAAUAAAGUCAUUAUUUUCUA